GUUGCCAGCAACCAGCGGGAAGCGGAUGCAGGGUGCGUGUUAGAAGGAACGCGGCGCAUCGGUUGCACGCUGCCGGUUUUUUAAGAGCCCAGAGAGGUUCGAGUGCUCGAGUCGCCGCGCGCUCGGCUGGGCUCGUAAACAAAGAUGGAGGUGGAGGACGAGGAGGCGCAGAUCUGCCGACUUUGCGGCCAGUGCGAGAGCAUUUACAUCGACGUCUUCGGCGAGGAGGGAACCAAGCGCUAUUUAGGCCUGAAAAUCCACGCGAAGAUCAACAUUCUGAUAGAUGAAGAAGAUCCUCUGCCCAAGGCGAUCUGUGUUCAAUGUCUGGGAAAGCUCGAAUUCGUUUGCGACUUCCAUGAAAAGUGUCUGCGCACCCAGCAACUGUUACGCGAACGGUUCAAUCUGCCACCCUUAACGAACAUUAUCAAAGAAGACGACGGAUUGCCAAGUAUGGUUUGUAUGAGAUGCUUGGGUACGCUAGAAUUCCUCUGCGACUUUCAUGAACAGUGUCACAGAACUCAACGGCGUUUUCUCUCCACGGACUUCCUGAAGCCGAGUACACAGAACCAGAGUGAAGCUGAGUCGGAUAAGGAGAAUGUUUCUCCCUUGAAGAAUUUCAAACGUAAGAUCAAGACGACUCAGCCUCCUGCAGAAAAAUUCGUUAAGAUUUGCAAAGCUGCAGGUGACUCCCUGUCGGAAUCCGUGAAUUUUAAUACAACCUGUGGCACAGAGGAUAUUCAGGUUGAUGCAAAGCAGGCCGAACUGACGUCGAUGAUUAAAUUUGAAUCCGAUGUAAAUAUUUGUUCGGAGAGGAAUAAUGAUUCCAGGAUUAAGAAUCAGGAAAACUCGAAAUCUUCUGAUGUUCUUCUAUUAAUUGAUCACAAGUGCAAGAAAAAGGAUGACAGUCCGUGCCAGACUUUGAACGUUGCAGGGGAGAAGAACAGAGAGGAAAAAACUGCCAAAGUUGGGGUGUCAACGACCCGAUAUAAAAGAAAAGGAAGACCAAAGAAUAAUUUUGUGAGCCGUAGAACAAGACGUUUCGAUGGUCUUAGUACAACCAAGGAUAAGAAUGUGUGCUUUAAUAUUAGUGAUAUUGGCACUUCAAUGGUUAAAUCAAGUAUUAUGAAGAAAACUUGCGUUGUAAGGCUGGAAUCGUGUCUGCAUAAAGUGAAAAAUCAGUGCCAAAAAUGCGAAGAUGCUGUUGAUGGGGACGAUCAAGUGUAUUCCUUGUCGAGUUGUUUAGAGAGCCCACUGGAUAUGAAUAAAUCCGAUGACUUGGGUGUAAAACAUCACAGUGAUAAGGAUCUAGAGGCUAGGAGUCCUGUUAAAAAUAAUCUACCAGAGACAAUAAUUAACUCGGUGAGAAAUCAAAAGGAGAGUAAUGUGCAAGAGGUGUUGGCAAAAUCUGCAGAGUCUCGUGAUAAGUUUAGUAAUAGUAAUAAUUCUGAUGGUGUAAUCGAUGAAACAAAUUUAUUGGGUGAUUCAUUAAGUAAACGGAAGGAAGUUUUAGUACCACGAGAAGUACAAAAUAAAUCUUCAUGUGCCCAAGACAUGUUUAAUACAAUUGCAGGCAUGGGAGUUCAGCGAAUAGAUUCUUCAAGAAAUUGGAAAGAAAAUGGUUUACUAGAGAGAAAGGAAAAAUUGGAUCUUAUAGAUUCCUUGGGAGAUCUGGAAAAGGAAACUCGGCGCAUUUCUAAAGUGAGUAAUACUGGAGAUUUACAUGCUGGACAAGGAGAUUCCCCAUCACAUGGUUUAAAGGAAAAUAGUGAAUCUUCAAAAUGUCAGGAAAUAAGUACUUGCACUGUGAAUAAGGUUAAAGCGUUGGAUCUAUCGAGGGAGUCAGAUAAAUGCAGCGAGAGCCCAAAGUUUCAUGCAAUAUCUGUCAUCGUUAAGCAAGAGUGCAAAGAAACUAGAACUUCAUUGAAUAUGUCACGUUUGAACUCAGCUUCAUUGCCAGUCGUAGAAAAACCAAACAAAAAAGACGAGAAGCCAUCUUCUAAAAGAAAUACUACACCCUGCAAUACAGUUCAAGAAGUACCUACACAGUGUACAAGUUCAAGUUCCGAUGCAUUAUGUGCCAAAACCCUUACAGUUUCUGGUAAUGAGAAUCUCUCCACAAAACCCACCCAUUUAAGGAAAUCUGUUAUAAAAUCUUUGCACCGUGUAAAUCGUGACAAUUAUCCCAGUUGCCCGACACCUGUAAAACCUGAAAAAGAAGCUGAGAAGCUUGCAAAAUGUGAUCCUCAGGACGAGGACUCUUCGGGAGACUCCGACAUAUCCAGCACUAAGGGGGAUGACAAGAGAAUGGGUACUCGUAAGAAACGACGGAGCAACGAUCAAAAGUUUGGCAAAGUGUCGGAGUUGAUAAGUGAAGAGCAGAAGCUGCUAAUCGAGGAGCACUAUUAUGUCGAUAUGACGUUCGUCGACGUGAAUAGAGUCCAGAAGAGUCUCACCAUUUUUGACAGAAACAGCGUGAAGUGCAACAUCUGUGGCAUCUUGUAUCCCAGAAUGGAUAAGUGUCAGGUUCAUAUUUGGGGUCAUCUGAACAUGAAGCCAUACCGCUGCAAAUCUUGCGACUUUGCCACCGUGACUGUGAGCAACGUACGCUGUCACAUUAGGAAAAGCCACCUGAAGAUCAAACCUUUCGAGUGUCACAUCUGCAAAAAGAAGUACGUUACUGCAGUGUUGCUUGACGAACACUUGAACACACACACCGGAGCUAAGCCAUUCCACUGCAAGAUCUGUGACUUUGCUAGCUCCAGCCGGCAGGUGCUUAGCUAUCACAAAAUGACGCAUAAGCCUGACAAGGAUGUGAUUUGUGACAUAUGCGGAAAGGGAUUUUACUCAAAAGGCAGGAUGCGCUCACAUAUGCUCGUUCAUACCAAAGACAAAGCAUUUAUGUGCAAAUAUUGUUCGGCCUAUUUGCGCGACGCAGAAGCUCUAGAGAGGCAUUACGAGAAUGUGCAUUCCCGCGAUUAUGUCUGCAACGUCUGUGGCAAAAGUGUCAAGUCGAAGAAAGCUUUAAACAGCCACCAAAGUGUUCAUUCCGCUGCAAAGUACAAAUGUCCUCACUGUCCGAAUGUCUACAAGAGCAGGCAUAUUCUGAAGGAGCAUAUUUUAAAGCAUGAUGGGAUCCGAAAGUACAAAUGUGACGUCUGUGAAAAGCGAUUCGCUCAACAAUCCCACCUGGCUGCACACAUGGCGGUUCAUAGUGAGAUAAGAUUCUACUGUCCGGGCUGUAGAAAAGCAUUCAAUCGUCAUGAUAACAUGAAGAUGCAUACCAAACGGUGCGAAGCUUUCCAGGCAGAUCCAACACUGGUCGAAUUGCUGAACAGAAGAACUUAUUCGAAGAGGAGAAACCUUUCGAUUGGCUCUUCGGAAAAUUCUUCCGAAUUAAAGUAUACGCUUAACCAAGAGAAGACUGAUGGAAAAAUAGAGAAGACUGAGGUCGAACAGACCAUAAAGUAUAACCAGAGUUCAAAAUCAAGCUCUUCGGAUCGAGUUAAAGGCACGAUAAAUACUAAUUUUAAGACUGGUAAAUCUCGAGAUAAGUCUUCGGAAAACCUGGAGACAAGUGUCGGUUUUAAAGUGCUUGACGUACAGGUUAGAAAUUCUUUGAAUCCCCCCAACUUGAAUACCACUGUAGUGGAGAACGUUUUAACUCCUGAUUGUUUUUAAACUAACUAGCUCACUGGAGGAUUCAGUGAAUUUCUAUGUCAAUAUAGAUUGACAAGUGAUCUAAAAGAAAUCAGAAAAACAGUUUUAAAGUCUAUACAAUUAUGUCGUAUUAUUAAUCAUCGGAGUAGUUACAGGUAAUUGGUUUUCCAAAUCGUUUUGCAUAUCCAUAAUGCUAAUGGCCGCGUAUUUGCAUAUUGUUUUUACUGGGCUUGAACGUUUCUCGCUAGAUAUUAAUAUUUAUUUGCACUUUUUGAUACGAAUUGCCUUUGCCUUUCACAGAAACUUAAGCAAUUAGGUGUGACAUCGGAACUCAUUGAAAUAAUAUAUAUAUAUACACAUACACACACACAGUUCUGCGCGUGUAGAGUUUGUAUAUAUUCGUGAAAACACAGAUAUUUUAUAAUAUUUAACCAUGAUAAGUACAGGGUAUUUUACACAGGCGUAUCAUUGACAAUUUAUCAGGAAACUCUCGCCAAGUUUCUUCUGAAGUUCCUAUGCUCGAUGCGAAAGCUGGUGCAAUUUUUACAAUUACUCAACCGCCAACCAAAGCUUCGUUGUGCAAAUCUCUUCUAUGAAAAAGAUGCCGUUACCAUUAUAGCUACACUUUUAAAUGAAAGUUUAAACCAAAUCUUACAUUUAUUACAAAGCAUGAUUACUAAAAUUGGGCCAGGAAACGUGAAUACCACUUGCACUGAUAAUUCACUCUUUAUCGUUAGGACUUGAUUGAAGAAUUCAGUAUUUUUACCCUCAAUACUGUAUCGACAUUGUGUUAAGACAUGUGGAGUAUCUUUAAUCCUGCGCCAGUAUUAUUAUGUAUUUCAUUAGACUGCUCUUUCGCGAGGUAUAAGGAAAUGAGACUAAGACUGACUUAUGAUCUUGUAAAUAUUGAUUAAGGAUGUUGCGCCACAAAGUUCCUAUCGAAUGGAUGACAUGAAUGACGAAGUUUUAAUCUCGUACUUCUGUCACCGAGUAUGUUUAAUCAUUACGGAGAUAUUAAUUUCGUAAAUAAAAAAUAUCAAACUAUA